AUGGCAUAUGAUGCAAACUUGAACAAUGAGCUGGGAUUUGAGUGGAUCUUGUUCAAGCACGCCAGCGGUCAUUCAUUGCUAAACCGCUGGCAUGAGAUGUCAUGGCUCAAGAAAGAACUGAUUGUUCGUAAGAUCAUGGACUACAUGGUCCAGCUCUCUCGUAUCGAACUCUCUGGCAUCGGCAGCAUGUUUCGAUACAGUCUCAGCAGUGGAAACAGCGAAGGCUUCCAUCAUAAAAUCGGCGAGUAUGUCGCGGCAUAUUUCUUCAGGAACGAGCACAUCCAACUGGAGAUCCCACGUGGGCCAUACACUACCAGCUCUGAAUGGCUUGCAGCCCACAUGGAAAUCAUCUCUCACAACAUUACGAUGUGGCACGAAUCGGGUGGAGACGACCGAGGGCUUGCUGUCGAAGCACAGAAGAUCUUUGAAGAUCUCCAACGGGUUCUGCUUAAGUUUUUCCCAAGCUUUGACCCAGAACCUACUUUUCUCGAUCAACACCGCUUUGACGAGUACAGCAUCUUGGUGGAUGAUUCAGGCGACCUUGUCUGUAUUCUAGACUGGUCGAGCAUCAAUGCUGUUCCACGCUGGGAAGCAUAUCAAAUCCCGAGGUUUCUCUAUUCAACCUGUGUCAAAUACAUUCCUGAGCCUCCGACUGAAGAAGACAAGCAAGAUGAAGAAUUUUACGAGGAAUACAAAUACAAGAUUCAGAACUAUGAGACGUGGCGAUUGCGCACAUUCUUCUUGGAGAAAAUGCAGCGUAUUGCACCCGAAUGGGUGAGGACUUUCAAGAAAGAGACGACCAAAAGGGAUAUUCUCAUGGCGAUUGAGUGCCUCGAUCAUAGUUUGCACACGAUGAGGGUCCAGCGUUGGUUAAACUGCGUGCUAGAAGACAGGAUCCCGCAGAAGUCGCUUACAGAUGCGGUUUCAUUUCCUUGGUUGAGGGAUUAUGCGGACGACAUGCCAUGUCAGCGCCACGUGAAGGUGGAAGACCCUGAUGAGGAGGCGACGUGAAAAACGAGUGGCUGAAAUGAGGAGGGGAAAGUGCAGUUGCCAAUCUAUUUUCAACGGAAACAGUUCUGGGAAGCUGUGUCAUGCCUUUGUACAGACAAAGCGAACAUGUGAACGUUUGAAGUGAUAACUAUGUAAAAGUAUGCCCUCGUGUGUUUGUCAAU